AUGAAAGUGCCGGCUAAACGAAGCAUGGGAAGCUGUGAUAGUGAUGAAAAAAAAUACGAACUGGUACCCCCAGAGGGUGGAUGGGGUUAUGCAGUAUGUGUCGGGCUAUCUGUAAUUUUUAUCGCUGGAACAGCUCACCAGCCUGUCUUUGGUUUCAUUUACAAUGAUUUUCUUGACGAACUUGGAGUUGGAACCGGGGCGGUAACAGUGGUCUACGGAGUUUUUCAAGUGACUGUUGCAAUAGCUGGUUUUACAGCGAAUAUAGUCUUGAAGAGGCUAUCACUACGCCAGGUCGGUCUAAUAGGAGCGUCAGUAUACACUCUUGCAUCAUUCCUAGCGAUAUUCGUUCAAUCUACAACACAAUUAAUUAUAACAAACGGGUUCCUCCAAGGUUUAGGAAUGGGUCUUCUCAUUCCCGUGUCGUAUACCAGUUUCAACAGUUACUUUACAAAGAAAAAAGUCCUCUAUUUAAGUCUCUGUAAGGCUUCUAUUGGCUUAAUAACCAUGAUAUACCCAUUGUUUAUAAAAUAUACGAUGAAAGAAUAUGGGUUUAGGGGGACAGUUGCGAUUUUGUGUGCGAUUUCAUCACACAGUAUCUUCGGUGCAAUAGUACUGCAACCAGUGCAAUGGCAUAUGGUCAAACGAAUGAAGUCCUGCGAGAAAAUAGUCUUAAUUCCACCAACACCUGCUUCUGAGGAAGAUGAUAGUAAGUUUGACUUCAUGGGAACCAACUUGAUCAAUCAGAACACACGAUCAGCUCAAAAUAUUUAUUCCAAAGUUCACAAUAACCAGCAGAAGGAAGCAGGACUGCUCUUUAUACCAAAAAUAGCUGCUUCUAGAAGACUUAGUAUACCCGUAGUUUUAAUACCAAGUGACGUUAAGACUGACAGCAAGUUUAAUUCAAAUGAUAAAUUUUAUAUAGAAAAUUUAUACAAAGCAGCAUCAAUAACUAGUUUGGGCAACUUCGUUGAACCCAUGCCGAUAAUAAAAAAUAAAGAGGGCAAGUGGCAAACAGUAGCUGAAUAUUUAGACCUAACCCUCCUCAAGGAUUUGGUUUACGACAACAUUAUAGUAGGAAUGGCACUCACAUUCUUUGCUGAUCUGACGUUCUUCACGUUAGAGCCGCUCUUCUUGGAUAAAAAUAAUCUUUCAAGGGGGGAGAUAGCAAAUAUUAUAGCUCUAGGAGGUGCAACUGAUAUGGUUCGUUACAUGUUCUACGCUGGUGCUCUUUUUACUGCAAUAUUUAGAUUCGUAUUUGUCCAAUUCACGACGUAUCUGCCUCUACUGAUAUUGACUGGUAUCUUGGGGGCUUUAAGAUCUCUGGUUCACAUUGCCCAACCUAUUGUCAUGGCUGAGCAUGUACCAAUAGAGAGGUACCCACCAGCUUACGGCCUGUACAUGCUUCUGGCAGGAGCUAUUAGCCUCAGUGUUGGUCCAAUGAUAGGUUUUAUACGUGAUUAUACAGGAAGUUAUGUAAUAGCUUUCAGUUUAUUAGCUAUAUGCAAUCUCUGUUGCGUCAUACCUUGGACGAUAGAAGCCAUCAUUGUAACAGUGAAACGAAGAAAAGAGCACCAACAGACAUGA